CAGCGAUGUUUUGACGUGUCGAAGUGAACUGUUUGUUGGCACCUCGCGAGCCCGGCCCCCGGCACUUGACCCACUUAUUGACCGGCUUCAGGUUUGCCACCAAAAUUCAAAUAGCGGUACUCUUAAUAACUGGUUGAUCGACGCCGUGCGCCAUGGCAGCUCGCAAGAAUGUUCUGUACCUGUUCGACGUGGACGGCACGCUCACGCCGCCACGUCAGCGCAUCUCCGAGCCGCUGCGGGACUUCCUGCUGCAGCAGGUGAGCCCGCGCGUGCGCCUCGGCCUCGUCAGCGGCUCCGACUACGGCAAGAUCGUGGAGCAACUGAAUGGCGAAGAUGUGGCGGCCAAGUUUGACUAUGUGUUCUGUGAGAAUGGACUAGUUCAUUACCAAAAUGGUGAGCUCAAGAGCAAACAGAGCAUACUCAAUCAUCUUGGGGAGACAAAGCUUCAGAAACUUAUAAAUUUUGCCCUGAACUAUCUGUCUAAAAUAGAAUUACCAGCAAAAAGAGGUAACUUCAUAGAGUUCAGGUCGGGCAUGAUCAACAUCUCCCCGGUGGGCAGGUCCUGCAGCCAGGAGGAGAGGGAGCAGUUUGUUGUCUAUGACACAGAACAUAGAAUAAGAGCUAAGUUUGUAGAAGCAUUGCAAGAUGAAUUUAAAGAUAUCAACUUGACUUUUGCUCUGGGAGGGCAAAUAAGUAUUGAUGUGUUUCCAACUGGAUGGGACAAGACCUACUGCCUCAACCAUGUUGCUGAAGCCAAGUUUGAUGAAAUACAUUUCUUUGGGGACAAGACGGCCCCUGGAGGCAAUGACUAUGAGAUCUUCACACAUGAGAGCACCCUGGGGCACACAGUCACUUCCCCUGAUGAUACCAAAGAACAACUUAAAAAGCUUCUGAAUAUUUAAUGCUGCCAGUCAUUUUUCAGUGUUUAUUCCAAUAGGUGAUGUAAUAUUAUGUUAACUAGUGCUAAGUACACAUAGCAACCUGAUUGUGGCUUAUCAAUUCUGUUGUAAAUGGUUGUAAAUAACUGAUUGUGAUUAUAUUGUAAAUAAUAAAAUGUUAACAUUCUGCAUGAUGGAAUGUAGGUAUUGUGAUAUACUGUGCAUAAAAUGAAAAUCCAUAGGUUUAAGUUCUUUUUUACAUAGUAUAUAUUAUGUAAUUUUUAUAAACAUAAUAAAAUAUAACUUUCUC